AUGUCAAAGAAAAUAAAAGUCAACAGUGAGUGCCGGGUGUUUAAUAAAGAAUGGAUGCCUAAAUACUUUUUUACUGAAGUCCGGUCAAAGGCUGUAUGUCUUAUUUGCCAAGAAACCAUUGCGGUUUUAAAAGAAUACAACAUCAGCUGCCACUUUUCCACCAAGCAUGCUAAUUACGCCAGCAACCUUUCAAUGCAAGAAUGUACGGCUACCGCUCAUAGGUUGGUAGCUAGCUUGCAGGCUCAGCAAAACUCCUUUAUCCGAGCAACUUCCAUCCAAGAAGCAAGCACGAAGACAAGUUAUUUACUGGCAUUCAAACUAGCAAAAGCCAGCAAGCCUUUCUCCGAAGGGGAAUUUCUUAAAGAGUGCAUGGUAGAGACAAGUAUUUUAUGUCCCGAGAGCAAGAACAAAUUUGAAAAAAUUAGCUUAUCACGCAGGUCAGUGACUCGCCGUGUUGAAGUAAUUGACGAACACUUAACUAGCAAGCUAAACAAAAAAGUGGAGUCAUUUACAUUAUAUUCUUUGGCACUGGACGAAAGCAAUGACAUAAAGGACACCGCUCAGCUUUUAAUUUUUAUCAGAGGGAUUAAUGAAAAUUUCGAGAUAACGGAGGAGUUUUGGGCUAUGGAAUCCCUGAAAGGAAAAACACGGGAAGUCGAUUUAUUUAACAGCGUGUCAGCGGUCAUACAGAGGCACAAGUUACCCUGGAGUACGCUUGCCAACGUUACCACAGAUGGAUCACCAAAUCUGACAGGAAAAAACAUUGGGAUGCUCAAAAGAAUCCAGGACAGGGUGAAAGAGGACAACCCUGAGCAGGAGGUAAUUUUCCUACACUGCAUAAUUCACCAGGAAGCACUGUGUAAAUCCGUGUUGCAGCUUGACCAUGUAGUGAAGCCAGUUGUGAAACUCGUUAACUUUAUUCAAGCGAGGGGACUUCAUCAUCAUCAGUUUAUUCAUUUUCUUGAAGAAACUGACGCUGAUCACAGGGACUUGUUUUACCAUUCUAAUGUCCGCUGGUUAAGUUUGGGAAAAGUAUGUCAACGUGUGUGGGAGCUCAAACAGGAGAUUAUUUCAUUUUUGGAGCUACUUGAGAACACUGACAAUUUUCCUGAGCUGAAUGACACAGAUUGGCUUUGUGAUUUAGCUUUUACUGUGGACAUACUGACACACAUGAACGAGCUGAAUGUGAAGCUACAAGGGAAAAACCAGUUUGUGCAUGAAAUGCAAGCAAACGUCAGAGCCUUCAAAACCAGGAAAUCACUGGAUGACCUGCAUGACGAAUUCUGCCGUCGGUUUUGUGAUUUUGGAAAAAUUGACUGGGCACUUCAGCUGGUGUCAAGUCCCUUCUCACAAGACCCGGAAACGGUGCCACAGGAGUUGCAGUUGGAACUGAUUGAUCUCCAAUGUGACAUGGUGUUAAAGGAGAAGUUCAACUCCCUGAAACUGGAUGAGUUUUAUGCUUCAUUAAGUGCAGCCAAAUUUACAAACAUCCAGAAGAUAGCACAGAGGAUGCUGGUGUUGUUUGGCUCUACAUAUAGAGAUAUGCUAAGAGUACCUCUGAAUGUAGACAGAAUGUCUUUUGUUUUCUACCAGACUACUCAUCUCUGGCUCGCAAGCCGAUUGAUUUUCUUUGUUAUUUCACUGGCUUUAAAAGAGAUUAUAGUAAUGCCAUUUUAUAAAACUUUACCUUGCGAUGUGAAUAAUAUAAAAGAUACUUCCAAAAUGUAUAUGCAAGUUGACUGCAGUGACCGUAAACUCAUAGAGUUUCCAAAAGGCAUUCCUGACAAUGUUACCAACCUGACACUUGCUGUUAAUCACAUUUCAAAGAUUUCCAAAAGCCAUUUUAAGAACCUGAAAAACCUUCUAGAAAUUGAUUUCAAAUGCAAUUGUGUGCCAGUCAGGCUGGGACCUAAAGAUCACGUUUGCACCCAGGGUCUGAAAAUCCAAGCUGAUGCUUUCUCGAAACUCUCCAGCUUAAAAUCACUCUAUUUAGAUGGCAACCAGCUCUCAGCAAUUCCCCAGCAUCUCCCACCUAACCUACGACUUUUGAGUCUUGAAGCUAAUUCCAUUUUUUCUAUCAAGAAAGAAAAUUUGUCAGGACUUAAAAACUUAGAAGUACUCCAGCUAGGGCAGAACUGUUAUUAUCGCAACCCCUGCAAUAUAUCUUUUGAAAUUCAUGGAGCAGCCUUUCAACCUCUCACAAGUUUGAAAGUGUUGUCUUUAAAAGCCAACAACUUAUCAAAGGUCCCACAAAACCUACCAUCAAACUUAAGAGAACUGUACCUUUAUAAUAACGCAAUUCGAAAUAUCACCAAGGAUGAUCUGUCUUCUCUGAAUAAUUUGGAAGUACUUGAUUUAAGUGGAAACUGCCCUCGUUGUCACAAUGCCCGAUAUCAUUGUAUUGAAUGCCCAGGAAGCAUUUUUAUCAAUCCCAGAGCCUUUGACUCAUUAAAGCAUUUAAAGGUCCUGAGGCUGCACAGCACCUCCCUUCAACAAGUGGACUAUCAUUGGUUUAAAAAUACCAGGAACCUUCAAGUGCUUGAUCUUUCACAAAAUUAUUUGGCUAAAGAAAUUCAGCAAGCUCAUUUUCUACAGUUUCUUCCUAAUCUUGUGGAACUUGACUUAUCUUUCAAUUAUGAACUAGGUUCAUACCCAUUACAUUUUACUCUCCCGAAAACAUUUUCCACCCUGUCCAAUCUGCAGUCCUUAAGAAUAAGAGGAUUUGUUUUCAAGGAACUAAAUCAAAACACUAUACGCAAUUUAAUUCCUCUUAAAAAACUUAAUGUCCUGGAUUUCGGAACCAAUUUUAUCAGGAAUGUUGACAUUGCUAUGUUUGAAGAAUUCCAGAGUCUUAGCACAAUAAUUCUUUCUUUUAAUAAAAUAUCUCUUUUUUCAUAUGAGCCAAAUAACAGGCUUUACUCUAUUCUCAACUCAUCAGAUGAUCAGUAUAGUAGCAACAUAUUGAAAGAUAUGCAAUAUUUCAGGUAUGAUGAAUAUGCUCAAAGUUGCAGAUCUAAAGAUACAGAGGAUAUUCAUUCCUUGUCUUUUGUCAAUGAGACUGCAUGCAGCAACUAUGGAAAAACACUUGAUUUAAGCAGAAACAAUAUUUUUUUUAUCAGAUCUUCUGAUUUCCAGCACCUUUCAGACCUGAAAUGCCUUAACAUCUCUAAUAAUGCUAUGAGCCAAGCUUUGGAUGGAAGUGAAUUUGCUCAUCUAUCCAGCUUGAAAUGUUUGGAUUUAUCUAACAAUCGAAUUGAUUUGCUACAUGUGGAAGCUUUUGAACAGCUGAAAGAACUGGAAGUUCUAAAUCUUAGUGAUAAUAGCUAUUAUUUUAAGGCAGAAGGUGUCACACUUAUGUUGGGCUUUACCAAAUACCUGGUUAAUCUGAAAAUACUGCUUAUGAAUGGCAAUGAGAUUUCGGUAUUCACUGAUAGAGGAAUGGAAAGUGAUUCCAUCAAAAUAUUAGAAUUUAGACGAAAUCGCUUAGAUAUUUUAUGGAAGGAUGGAACUAAUGAAUACUUGGCAUUCUUCAAGAAUUUGACCACCCUGGAAAGUCUUGACAUUUCUGAGAAUUUUCUGACUUUGUUACCUCCUGAUGUAUUCUACAAUCUGCCUCCAAAACUAAAAAUAUUAAAGCUGGCCAAUAAUCGAUUGAAGACUUUUAACUGGAGGCAUCUUCCAGCACUAACAAAUUUGGAAGUCUUAGAUCUUAGCAACAAUCAGCUGACUACAGUCCCCUAUGAACUGUCCAACUGUACUAAGACACUUCAGACAUUCAUAGUGCAAAACAACAAGAUUAGAAAGCUGACAGAUCAUUUUCUCAAAGAUGCUUUUUUCCUGAGGCAUUUAGAUCUUAGUUUUAACAGGAUCAAAACAAUCAGGAACUCUAGCUUCCCCAAAAAUGUUAUUAACGGACUAACAACAUUACUCUUAAAUGGUAAUCCUUUCAAGUGCAAUUGUGAUAUUGUGUGGCUUGUCCACUGGAUCAAUGAGACAAAUGUAAAAAUCCCUUUCCUAGCAACAGAUGUGACUUGCGCAGGGCCAAGUGUAUGGAAAGAUAAAAGUUUGAUUUUACUAGAUUUUUAUACUUGUGAAUCAGACUACUCUCAGAUCCUCUAUUUAUUGUCAGCUUCAUUCAUCAUAAUUCUCAUGAUACUUCCAGUUACAAACCACCGAUAUUUUUGGGAUGUCUGGUAUAUUUAUCAUUUCUGCACUGCCAAAUUAAAGGGAUAUAAACGUCUCUUUUCUUCUGAGGUUAAAUAUGAUGCUUUUGUGGCUUAUGAUAAUAAAGAUAAAGCUGUAACAGAAUGGAUCCUGAAAGAACUAAUUGAGAAACUGGAAGAUCAGAAAGAAAAAAAAUUCAGUGUAUGUUUAGAAGAAAGAGACUGGCUACCAGGUCACCCACUCAUGGAAAACCUUAACGACAGCAUACACAUGAGUAGAAAAACAAUAUUUGUGCUGACAAACAGCUAUAUUGCAAGUGGCAACUUCAGAAUAGCUUUUUAUAUGGCACACCAGCGUCUUCUGGAUGAAAAGGUAGAUGUAAUUAUCCUGAUCAUUCUUGAGAAGCUUCUGCAAAUGUCAAAGUGCCUCCGUCUCCGAAAGACCUUGUGUAGUAGAUCUUGUCUUGAAUGGCCAAACAAUCCUCAGUCUCAGGCUUAUUUCUGGCACUGUCUUAGAAAAGCCCUCGCAGCAAAUAAUGAGUUCAGAUAUAACAAGCUUUUCAAAGAAAUGGUAUAACACUCAGUUGCAUUCUCAGAACACGUUUUGGAAAUCAUAGCAGAUGAUGAGGCUGAAUCUCAAUCUCUAUACUUUUAAAGCAUUGGUAGAACCAGACA